AUGGACUCCCAGCUAACUCUCAUCGACAGCAAUUCCGAAUCCGAACUCGCUGCUCCAGAUCCAGCAUUCGGUGCAACAACGAUACUAGACUUCGACCACGAUGGGAUGAUAUCGACAGAUGCCACAGUGCGUGGACAGACUCGCAUACGAUACUCUGUCAGGACCGUCAGGGCCGGCCUGGUAGGAAUGAGCCUCAAGACCGUUUUUAGCCAGGGGGAGGAGAUACUGGCAACGGUGCAGCGCAGGGAUAUGAUCCCGGAUUUGCUCACGCUAGGCGGUGAAACUAUGAGCCUUCGCAGCUGGCUCAAGACACCUAUGUUCUCAUCGUUCCCUGCGUCGUUCAGCGAGGGGAGAGAGAUGUACCUAUGGAAGAAAGGUCAGGGCGGUGGAAUUGAUUUGUACAAUGGAAGCGACGCUAAUGCCGGUAUAAUUGCUCGCUUCUACCCCUCCUAUUUCGUUGAGACGCACGAUCGGAGAAGGAUAAUGUGUCAUGCUCACCUGGACUUACAAGCUGAAGCUGAUCUCAUACGUGAAAAGGUGUUCAUAUCAUGUGUGCUAAUUGUGCAGAAGACGAUGAAGAUGAAGGCAAGGGAGCGGGACUCGAUAGCUAAUCAAGAAUUCAUGUUCACCGUGUCCUCCAUGGCUGCUGCAGGCGAAGAUGAGGCAGAAUGCGAAGGCAAAGGAACGGGACUUGGUGUCAACUAG